UGCCUGCGCGCCGCGUCCAGAAGCAUCAUCUCCGCAGUCCCGGGCCACCGCGAGAGGGGAGACGGCGCUGGAGUAUGGAUCAAUCCAAGCUUGCCGUGCUAGGAACUGUUGGCCUGGUGGCUACGGCAGCCAUAUGCUGCGCGAUCGUCUUCUCUGGGCGUUUCAGCUUCGCCGGAUCAUCCACUGGGAAACCCUUCGCUAGUUCUCCUGGCACCACCGCCGACACGCAAGGGGUGGCCGCCUCCAACAAAAUCAUCGACGACGAGGAUGACAGGGACAAGCUUGCGGGUGGGGUUUCCACCGAAAAGGGGACGGGAGAAGGCGACAGCGGGGACGGGUAUGUUUCGCGGGCAGCCCCUGGUUCUGGCGGUGCCUCUGUGCCGCCGCCGGCGGCGGCUGCGCGGGGGGUUGCUGUGGGCCAAGGGAAGGCUGAGGAGGGGGAAGCACUUAUUGUGCGAUUUAACCGGGCCAACUCUAAGGCGAAGAAGCUCUUCACCGGCCAGCGGUACGCUCUUGCCGCCGAGCAGUACGGCAUCGCUCUCGAGCUCUGCGACGAGCUGCCCAACCACGAAAACAAGCGCACGGCCCUCCUCAACAACAGGGGGGCUGCCUACGAGAAGGACGGUCAGUACGCCCUUGCCCUGGCGGACUGCUCGAUGUGCCUCUCCCGGGAGGUCGGGCACAAGUUCGCCCGCGUCCGCAAGUCCCGCGUGCUGGAGGCGAUGGGCAAGUACGAGGAGGCCCUGAGCGAGGUCUGCGCGCACCUGCUGCUGGAGAGGGAUCGCGUCCAGGCAAAGGCGGCGUUGAACCCAUCGGAACCGCUGACGCCUCCCGCACCUCCAGCAAACCUCGAAGGUCUUCUGCAAAAGGUGGCCUCGAAACGAGCAGAUGCCAUCCUGCUAGAGAGGGAACAGGCAGCCGAGAGGGAGAAAGAGGCGGCGGCGGCAGGCGGUACCGGGGCGGGGACCGAAAAGCUCAAGCCCCUGGUGAAGCAGGUCGUGAUGGAGCUCCUCCGGAGCUUCGGGUCUUUCGCCCAGCUCGAGCGACGGUACAAGGGCAUGCAAGAGACGGCGAUCACUCGGGAGUUGGAGGACGUCGAGAAGGCCGGCAAGGAAGGGGAUGGGUCCGUCUCUGCCACUUCAACUAGUGCCUCGAGGGUGUCCUCCCUUCUUGACCGCGGCCUGCUCCGUAUGGUCAAGCGCAACUACGACGGCUCAAGAGAGGACAUUUUCGAGGCGGCAGAGCUUCUGUCCACCCUCACCGAAGCCGAUACAUCUGAAGCAGGAGCUGAGGAGGUUCCGUCUGAUGUUAAGGCGUCUGUCUGGGAGUGGCAGGGCACGUUCCUUCAGCUGUCGGGAAAGCUGGACGAGGCCAUGGAGGCGUACAGGCGCUGCGGGGAGGGGAUGGAGGAGGAGGGGGAAGAGUACCCCGCCGAUGUGCUCAUCAAGAUGGCCUGGGUCUGCAUGGACAAGGAGGACAUGGAUGCGGCCAAGGACUUGUUCGCGAGAGCCGGCGAGGCCCACCCAGAAUACGGCAGCUCCUUCGCUCACAGGGCAAGGCUGGACGCCGAAAAGGAAGGAGCGGAGGAAGUCCGGUCCUUCCUGCGCAAGGCGAUCGAGCUCAACAGCGAGGACGCCUUUGCGUGGGAGCAGCUUUGCAGGAUCUACGUACAGGCCGGGGACAUCCCUAAGGCGACCGCCACCAUCGAAGAAGGUCUCAAGUCCGUGCCGAAGUCGGAUGCUCUCCUUACCCUCAAGGCGGAACUGAAGUACUCGAUGGCGAUGAAAGCCGGCGACGCUUCCUCCUGCGGUGCAAUCCUGGAGCUGUUCGACGCCGCCAUCCGCGCCAAUCCCAGCAGCCCGGUGUUGUACCUCAACAAGGCCUCCUGCCUGCUGCAGAUGAUGAGCGACGUGGGUGGGGCGAUGGAAUUGCUCGAGAAGGGGGUCAGCGUCGACCCUACCAGCGUGAACGCCCUUGUGCAGUUGGCGAACCUUAAGAUCAUGGUGGCGAGGGAGAUGGCGGAGGCCGAGGCGGCGACGGCCCUACUCGACAAGGCGGUGGCGCUGUGCACCACCAAGGAGGAGCUGAUGGAGACGCUCAGCGUCCGCGUCGCGACGGAGGGCAGGAUCAAGGGGGCUCUGCUGCUGGGACGCACCACCCUGGGUUGAUUUUCUGGGGGCUUGAGGACAGGUCACCCGCCCAAUUGACGACCUUCUCUCCACAUCGGCAGUGCGAACUGGUCUGCCUGUGGCAUUACCGUUCCAAGGAUUGAAGUGCUAGACGACGGGCUUCCCCCUGGGUUUGAGACUGAUGGCGUUCUCACUCGUCCCCCACGGAGCAAGGGCGGCAGCCGGGGAUGCCGGGGAUGCGGUACGGAGGUUAUUUUGAGUUCCCGCGAGCAGAGGGGCACAGGGAUCCUUGGUGUGACGCUGGUAUGGUGCGGGGGAUGCCACCGACAUAAGCUUGGCAGCGUGCGGCUCUCUCGUUGUGACGUUGUGGUGCUGCUUAUCUUGUAUUUUCGACGCUUCGACCGGACCCACGUCGGUGGCGGUUGGUUGUGUUCCGAGAGGGUUGGUGUAGCUCCGGGGGUCGGUGUCGUCGCCACCAAGGCUAAGCUAAACCACUCUCGAAGGUUUGGGAAGUUCCCUUUCUUUCUUGUGUGAUUCAUUUUUGUUUCCCUUUCUGAAGUAUUUAGUGUACUACUGCUGUGUGGUUUAUGUGUGUGUGUUUGGUGCCGAGCGUGGUCGUUUCGGGGCUUGGGUCUGACGUGUUUGGCAAACCCGGUUGGUCAUCCAUCCUGUGUCCUUGCCAAUGACACGAAACUCUGUGUACAACAUGCCGUCGCUGGUUUCUGAUUUUCGUUUCCCGAGACUCGAAUGGAGUACCGUACAAGACCCACACCCCUUGGACCGAUUUUCGAAGCUCGAUUAAUCAAUAGCAGAGAGAGAGUCACAGCGCCGAGAACGGUGGCGUUGAAGCCGUCUCGUCGAGAGCUUUGGGACAACGUAUCGUUUCGUGUAUGCAUUUUCUUCGUCGUGGCGUAAUGGAGGUCUCAAAAUCGGCCCAGGGGGUGUGUUAUCUUGUGUCGUAUUCGGUACCAUCAUCUGGACCUCACCGUAGUUGGUUGUUGCAUCGAAGCACCUUUGACCACGGAGGUCUGUUACGAUUGGGACUUAGCUGCGCAAGUCAAGGGAAGUUCGAGGGCCGGGUAAUUCGGGCCGGGAUCCACUUCCGCCUGUCUUUUCAUUAUUUGUUUAGUAGUUUGUCUACCUCACGCAACCUGUGAAUCAUGUGUUUUUGUCUGACACCGAUAUGUGCUGACUACUGCUGUCUUGGAAGACUUUCCUGCGGUAUUUUUUUUUUAUGUUUUCUAGAAAGGUGAACCCCGUUUUUGGGCGGUAGUUGGCCCGUGACCAUUGAAGGCGUCCGCGUCAGUUGUGGACCAGUACGGACGUCAGAAUGGCACUGAGCGGAGACUGGAACAGUUUUUAGUGUGAAGACAGCGACGACAAUCCUUUCUACCGGAUGAGCACCGGUGGUCUUUUGUUGGCAUGGUCUGGAGCGGGUACGAGACUCGUUGGUUCUGUUUUGCCAGUUGGAACGAUGUUGUCUUCAACAAAAGAGCCAAGAAGCUAAAUAAACACAUGCAGAGCGUGCCAUCAUUUCAGUCGAUGCACCGUUGGUCGUGUGUCAAGCUUCCUGUAGAAGGCCUUUCUUCAUCCCCUCCACUGUCAGUGUGUUGGACUCAGUACGGAUGUUUGAAGGUACCAGGGGGAACCGUGUUUUCUGUUGACAACAAUCGCAAGCAACAACAGCAGAGACAGCCGCACAAAUGGUAUGCAUAGCACCAUCAAGAACUGGGUUGCGCUUGACGUCCGGACUUCACCUGUCCUUCUGAUUCGAGCACCUUCUUCACCGUUGCAUGAGGAGUUACGCAGCGCUGUUAUGAACAUGUUCUUGCUCCUAAACAAUCCUUCUGGUCGUGCCUACGUUGAGCUUUAGGGUUCCGUGUGUUUUUCGAUAGGACUGGGUUACGCAGCGUGUGUAGGCGGCUCCGCUGUUUUUCGUGCUCUUGCCCCCCAGUCGCAAACACGACCUGGUCACGCAGAUUCAGUCGCGCAGUCAACGAUAAGUACUGAACCACUCAAUCAAAAGCAUGCACAAUGCGCGGCAGGCGGAUAGCUACCCUACCGCAACCCUUGUGCUCCAAUCUUGGCCUGUUUUCUUUCCAAUGUGUUGUUGUGCCCCUUUCUUUAUUUCUGUGAAACCCGGCCGAACGGCCCACCAAUGGACCUUUUUUUGCUGAUGAUGCGAAACCCCGCCAAACGGCCGACCAAUGGAGACAGCACAACAGCAAGUCUCACUUCAACAAGAGGGCCAAUACAACAGCAACCCAAUCGGCCAUACAAACGUUCUCUCUUGUCAGCGACCCUCGAUUUACUGAUGCCUGGAGGGCACUUGGGGUGACAGGGCCAAGUCACGGGAUCCAGUACUUUCACCAGGAAAAGACACAACCCCACCCCCUAGCGUUGCGUGUCGUCCUUUGACUACAUGCAUAAGCAUGGUGCGCCCGCUAACCGGACCUCUAUGUGUGGGAGUCGGCACAUCAUUAUCCUGGCCCCAUCUCCCAUCGUCUCGAUGUUGAAAAUAAUCAAAUAUUUUACCUCUCUAUCCUGCGUUGCGGUGGUAGAAACUCAUUCCUCCAGCGCCCCAGCCUGGGGCACUUGCCAGUUACCCAAAGAUAACAUGGAUUCUGUGUUCAACGACCAAUUCAACAUGGAAUUGGACACGACCGAAGCGUCUCCAACUCACAGCCACAUCUACCAUCCACCUCGAUAAGCCCCCUACCUCCUGCCAUGCGUUCGACUUUCGCGCGUUGCUGUCGGCAGGAACUAUAUUGCGUCCAUUAGCGCCUCCGCUUAAACCACGUCAAACAAACAUGCGUGUUUGACCGAGCGCGUUUGGUUUUGUUCUUUCGAUCUCGGGCUCCCCGUGGCGACCGCUCAGAGCUAUCGCAAAACAUGCGAAAAAAAAAUAAAAAACGCCAUAUAUCUCUUCUGAACUCCUUUGAAACGGCACCGAGAAUGUUCCUGGCCAUUUUCCAGCCCUACAUCCCCCGACCUCCGCGCAUAGAGCGCGGUACAUUAGUGCCAAAAUAGACGCAUUCACUGUAAAUGAACUCGUGCGGAGUUUCCAUGCUCUACACAAGGAGGCCGACACGCCACCCGCAAAUUUCGUGCUGUACCACGCCGCCGACGAACUCGGGGCGACGAGACGGAGAGUCGCGACCGGAGCAAAUUCGGCGGCCGGCUGAGGAUAGAUCGGUCGUGACUUCAGCGUCCGCCGAACUUCGACAAAGGUGGUGCAAGUCUACACGCAGUAGUCCCCAGAGUGUUCACCACCUUGACCACCUUGACCACGUUGACCACCUGGACUCCUGGUAUAGAGAGGGCCAUAGACGGAGCAGUACACUUGGCACAGCCCUUCAUUCAUAAGGAGGACGUGGAGGGAGUUUGAGUCUGGAAGGGUUCAAAGCAACAAAUAAGUGUCCAUGGGGGCCGGUGCGAGCUCCGCGGGCAUGCCUCUGCAGGAAAGGCGGGACCUGUACGAGGUACGUACGACUGUGAGCUCUGAAGGGUACCCAGAUGAGGGAUUUUGACGCUGGCUCGUUUCUCAUACUUGAUAACAGUACAAAGAAAGAAAACAACCUUCCCGCCGGAGGAACCUGGUCCGUUGUGCUAGUAUCAGUAGAGGAUAUCAUCAAGAGGCGUCGUGCGUGCUGGCACGUUCAGGUAUACUACUGGGGCUGAAAUAUCGAAGGUCGCAGCAGCCUCUGAAAACGGUCCGAAAUCUGCGCCGGAACCAAGCGGAACCCAACACUUGUCACAGCGGUGCUCACCACCACGGACCGCAAACCCCUCAACUGCGGGUUGUCAGCAGUAGCUGGUGGCAUCAGCUACUGCUGUAAACCUGCAGUUCAGAAGAUUGGGUUCAGUGGCGGCGAGCACAAGCAGUACAAGACACUGGGUGUCGAUCUAACUUGCGGAGAUUUGCGGAGAUUGUGGGCCACUACAACGACACUCGAUUCCACCACCACAGAAGAAGUUUUGAGCGCGCCAACACACCCCCCCGCUGCUAUAGGGUGUCCUCUAGUGAUAUUGGUACAAUGGACCAGGUUCCUAGCAAC